AUGGUUUUAAAUGGACCUGGUAAAGAUCCACAAAACAUUUCAACAACGACAUCACUUGCUGUCUACGGUCUCAAUAGGACAGAUGGUGCUCUUUUCGCUCACACAUCUUUCGUUUUGAUCAGUGGCAGUUUUAUCUCUAUCUUCCGGUGGAUCAGCUACUCAAUUGUCUGCAAUGUCAUCGAUGUCUUUGGCACAGUGACCAACAUACUGAAUAUUGUGUGUUUUGUUAGACAAGGCUUCCAAGACUCGGUCAACAUCAGCUUGCUAG